AUGGCCUCGGUGCCGGCCCACCGCGGGGAGUCGCUGGUGCAGGACAUCCAGGCCGGCCGGGCGCCCCUGCCCCGGGGGUUUGACAGUGCCCGGGACUUCUGGGUGUUCUUGCGCCUGGCCGGGCUGUCGCAUCCCAGCCUGCCGGCCAACCAUGUGGCCCGGCUGCUGGGGCUGGACCGGGCCUCGACCGAGGUGCUGCUGUCGCGGUAUGCCCAUGACUUCGGCAUCCCGGCCCCGCGGUCGCUGGUCCUGGAGCAGAUCGGCCAGGAGCAUGUGGACGACCUGCUGGGGCUGUUCCGGCGGGAUCCGCCGGUGGUCGGGCAGACGCUGGCCCGGCUGACGGGCCUGACGCCGGGGGCGGCCGACGACCUGCUGAAGCGGCACCUGGCCCCGGACGAGUACCGGCAGCUGCCGGGGCUGGAGAUGGCCGUGUCGCUGGCCCGGCUCCGGGAGCUGCUGACCGUGGCGCCGACCCUGCCCCUGGAGCAGAUGGCCCUGCUGCUGAGCGCCUCCUGGCAGGCGGUCUCCCGGGCCAUUGGCCAAAGCCUGCCGCAGUAUCAGAAGCUGCUGCCGAGGCACAUCGGCGAGCAGCAGAUCGCCCGGCUGCAGGAGAUCCUGGCCCGGCCCGGGGAGCCGCCCUCCCCGGAGGCCAUCAUGCAGUAUGCCAAGAUCAGCUCCACGCAGCUGCAGCAUGUGGGCCCGCAUGUGGACCCGGGGUUUGUGAUCCGCGCGCGGGGUCCCCUGUCGGAGCAUGCGUAG